UCAAACAUGUGUCAAACUAUGAAAGUAGCUUGCAAGAUAGUGUUUUGUCCUAGUUAAAAAGAUAUAAUUUUCAUAUAAAUUGUGGGAAAACACUUAUAAAAGGAUUUUAUUAAUGUUCCUUCUGUGACUAAAUCGAAAACAAUCGUGAUAUAAAAUGGCUUUGUACUGUGCAAUAUCAAACGAAGUACCAGAAGUGCCCGUGGUGUCACCUUCAUCAGGAGCGGUGUUCGAGAAACGUAUUAUUGAGAAAUAUAUAAUAGAAAAUGGGGUAGAUCCAAUCAGUGGAAAAGAAUUAAGGGUGGAAGAUCUUAUUGAAAUUAAGACUCCCCCAAUAGUGAAGCCAAAGCCACCAAGUGCCACAUCCAUUCCCGCCACUCUGAAGAGCAUGCAGGACGAGUGGGAUGCGCUAAUGCUGCACACAUUCACACAGAGACAGCAGUUGCAGACUGCCAGACAGGAACUAAGUCACGCAUUGUAUCAACACGACGCUGCAUGUCGUGUGAUUGCGCGUCUAACAAAGGAGGUGACGGCCGCCAGAGAAGCCCUUGCUACACUGAAGCCCCAAGCUGGUAUUGUUGCACCGCAACCUUCACAUGCGGCGGAGGCAGCAGCGGGCAGCGGAGGCGCAGUACCCAUUGGCAUGUCAGCGGAGGUGGUGUCCCGGCUGCAGGAGCGCGCCACGGCGCUGACGCAGGAGCGCAAGCGGCGCGGCCGCACCGUGCCCGAGGGCCUGCAGCCGCCCGAGCAGAUCCGCGCCUUCCUCACGCUCGCCUCGCACCCCGGUCUCCACUCGGCCAGUGUGCCCGGUAUCCUCUCGCUGGACAUCAACCCGUCGGACCACAGCCGCUUGUUGACUGGUGGAAACGAUCGCAACGCUACCGUCUUCAACAAGGAUACUGAACAGGUGGUGGCGAUCCUGAAGGGUCACACGAAGAAGGUGACGCGCGUCAUCUACCACCCAGAUGAGGACACCGUCGUCACCGCGUCGCCCGACCACACCAUACGCGUGUGGAACGUGCCCACCUCGCAGACGGUGGCGCUGCUGCGGCCGCACGAGGGCCCGGUGACGGGGCUGUCGCUGCACCCGACGGGCGACUACGUGCUGUCCACCUCCACCGACCAGAGCUGGGCCUUCUCCGACAUACGCACCGGCGCGCUGCUCACCAAGGUGAGCGACUCGUCCGGCAUCAGUCUAACAACAGCGCAGUUCCACCCGGAUGGGCUGAUCUUCGGCACCGGCACGGAGAACUCGCAGGUGAAGAUCUGGGACCUGAAGGAGCAGAGCAACGUGGCCAACUUCCCGGGGCACGUGGGGCCGGUGACUUCUAUAUCGUUCUCGGAGAACGGGUACUACUUAGCCACGGCCGCUGAAGACGCGUGCGUGAAACUCUGGGACUUGCGUAAACUGAAGAACUUUAAAACCAUCCAACUUGAAGAAGGCUACGCGAUCAAGGAACUCUGCUUUGACCAGAGCGGUACAUACCUGGCUGUAGCCGGUUCUGACGUGAGGGUCUACCUGUGCCGGCAAUGGCAGGAGCUGAAGGUCUUCAACGACCAUACAGCAUCAGCCACUGGAGUCAGAUUUGGCAAGAACGCGCAGUAUAUAGCGUCUACGAGCAUGGACAGGACGCUCAAGCUGUAUGGUAUCGAGUAGUAGUGUAUGUAUAGGUAGAUAGGCAUGUUUUUUGGUAAACAUUGACGUACGAAUUACAACUAGACUCGCUAUGAUGCUUAUAACUCAGCCCCCGGAAUCACAGACACAAUAGAAAAUCUAUUGUGUCGUGGACCGAUCGGGCCGCUUGGGGCUCAAUGGGUUAAUAAUAUUGUCCGUACCAAAACUCUGCCUACAUAUCUAUUAGAUAGAGUUUUAUCUGAUGAGCGUAUACAAUGAAACUUGAACGUUAAUGCCACGAAAUAAGGUGUUAAUUUGAAUGUAUGUUUAAUAGGCGAUUAAGAGUUUUGUUGUUUAUAGUACGUCAAUGUUGGCAAUGUCGUUUUUUUUCAGUUUGAAAACUGCCCGCUUACUUAUAAAUUUCUCAAUGUCAUCCUUUUUUUGUAUUUAUCUUUCAAAGGUCGAAUAAUUUGUGUGAUAGAAGCAGAACUAUUGAUUAUUGUGUUGUUUUUAUAAGUAAGAGGGUUCGUUAGAUUUAAUGUCAGAUUAUAUCGUGAUUUUAAGUAAUUGUAAUAAAUGAAUUGUUUAAGUAUUCAUUUGUAUUUUAUAUCAAAAUUUUCAGUAAUAAAUUGUUUUUGUGUAAGAGAUUGAACUGCACACUACAUUUUGUGCAAGAUACUGAUAUUUACAGCGACAAAUAUUAAGUUUAAGUGUAAUGAAUAAUAAUUAUAGUUAAUACUUUUGUACGAAAGUCUGGGCGUGAGAUGAUUGAUGCUAAUGACAGAUUCAAUAACAACUCUAGUAUAAGUACAUACAACUCUAUUGUUAAAAUAGUUUAUGCAAAUAAAUUGAGUGACCAUAU